AUUGCAGCAGCAAGAUAUGGAGGAGAUACUUGUAGCAUUGUUUAGCAUGUUUCUCCUUGUCGCGUUAAUUCCACUCUACUUAUGGAGACGCCGUCAAAUUUCUCAAUUACCUGAGAAACCCCGCGAAGAAGAUCAGGUUCCGAGGAGAGAAGCUGUUGUUCGUCCUAUUGGAGCUCGCCGGAUGCGGCGGAGACCGGCUGCCGCCAGCACGUCUGCAGGCCCCUCUACAAUUGCAGAAGAAAUUGUUGAUGGAAGUGAUGAGGAUGUUCUUGAGGGUGAGAUGCAUGUUGCUAAAGCAUCCAAGAAAAAAGAGAAGAAACGGCAAGAGAGGGAUGCACAACGGCAGGCUGAGGAAGCAUCACGUGAAACAAGGCAAGCAAAACAAGACCGAUAUGCAGAAAUGCGGAGGUUGAAAGAUGAAGAACGUGAAGAACAGGAGCGUUUGCUGGAGGAAGAAGCCAAGGCUCGAAAGGCCAAGGAAGAGGAAGCUGUUGCAUUGGAGUUUGAGAAGUGGAAAGGAGAGUUUUCUGUUGACGAAGAAGGUACGACAGGGAGUGAAAUACAAGAUGGGAGUCAGGGCUUGCUUUUUGAUUUUGUGGAAUACAUCAAGAAACACAAGUGUGUUCCAUUAGAAGAUCUUGCUGCAGAGUUCAAACUACGGACCCAGGAUUGCAUCAAUCGGAUCACCUCACUGGAAGAUAUGGGUCGCCUCUCUGGUGUGAUGGAUGAUCGAGGAAAAUACAUAUACAUCUCGCAGGAGGAAAUGAAAGCAGUUGCUGAUUACAUUAAGCGUCAGGGGAGGGUUAGCAUUUCACACCUGGCUAGCAAGUCUAAUCAAUUCAUCGAUUUGGAACCAAAAGUUCAGUUGGUUGAAGAAAUCAGUUCAGAGGGAGUUACUGUUACCUAAUUCAGUGUAUAGUUAUCAGUUUUGGGCUGUUGUUGCUAAUGGAGGUCUUUGGACAUGUCAACUUUUUGAAAAGAAAA